AGAGCUUGAAGCGGGGAAAUGUGAAGUCGUUUCACUGCCACCUGACUGGAAGCUGAAGUUGGGACGCGGAGGCAGACACUUGAUUAGGUACACCUCUCCCGUCCAAAAGCAGAACCUAGUAACUCACUUCUAGCUGAUUUUGAUAAAACAAACGGUUUUUCUGUUGUAUCUACGCAGUUAUGUGGUAGUUGCUAGGUCCUGCCAUGCGCGUAACAGCUUACUUACGGAACAAAUUACAAUAUCGCAUACACUAAUGUAAAGCAUAUCACCUAGUAACUCCAAAAUUAUUAUCAGCUCAGUUUUGACCAAAAUUGAGUUACUGGGUUUUGCCUUUGGACGGGAGACCUGCACAAUCAUUACAAGAACUGUUGGGGUUAGUGCAUGUGUCUCACAAUACGAAGGUCCUGAGUAGUCCUGAGUUUAAUCCUAGGCUGGGGAUCUUUCUGUGCGGAGUUUGCAUGUUCUCCCCGUGACUGCGUGCGUUCCCUCCGGGUGCUCCGGCUUCCUCCCACCGCCAAAAACAUGCACCUGGGGAUAGGUUGAUUGGCAACACUAAAUUGGCCCUAGUGUGUGUUUUGGCAAACUACCCAAACAGAAGGGCCUCAUCUCCAAAUAUGAGUUUGGCUCCCAUUUCCCCCCAGAGGACAGAACUGGAAUUACAGACAACAUUUCCCAACAGCUGAAGACCAUCAGUAAUCAGGAAGGCUCUCACCUGAAGCAAUCAAAUCCACUCCUUUUAAGUCUGCAGCUCCAGCUCAGACUUCAGGCCAACAAACACUGCUCGAGGAGAAUUCACCCAAUGCAGUAGUGCCUAACUGUUUACAGAGACCAUGGUGGCUGACGACGCAGUGACUCGGCUCAACGCCACGACCAACAUGGCCGCUCCCUCCUUCAACCUCUCCGCCCUCGCCUCGUCCUUCGCCAGCGCCAGCAACUGCAGCGACGCGGCAGCGGGGCAGUCAUCGCCGUCGUACAACUUCUACGCCGUGCUGCUGGUGCUGCUCAUCUUCUGCGUGGUCUUCGGCAACGUGCUGGUGUGCGUCGCUGUGUCGCGGGAGCGCGCCCUGCAGACCACCACCAACUACCUCAUCGUCUCGCUGGCAGUGUCCGACCUGUUGCUCGCCACCCUGGUCAUGCCCUGGGGGGUCUACCUGGAGGUGGUGGGCGAGUGGCGCUUCAGUCUCAUCCACUGUGACAUCCUGCUCACGCUGGACGUCAUGAUGUGCACCGCCAGCAUCCUCAACCUGUGCGCCAUCAGCAUCGACAGAUACACGGCGGUCGCCAUGCCGAUGCUGUACAACACCCGCUACAGUUCCAGGAGGAGGGUGGCCGUGAUGAUCGGCGUAGUUUGGUUCCUCUCGUUCGCCAUCUCCUGCCCGCUGCUCUUUGGACUCAACAACACUGCGGGCCGUGAAGGCACCACGUGCAGCUUCGCCGACCCGGCCUUCGUGGUGUACUCGUCCGUGGCGUCCUUCUACGUGCCCUUCAUCGUCACGCUGCUGGUGUACGCGCAGAUCUGCGUGGUGCUGCGCAGACGCGGCAGACGCACGGCGCCGCCGCGCAGGCACGGCUUCAACGGGCGGGGCGGCGCCGAGGCGGCGGACGCGGCCCGGCGCCACCGGAAGAAUCGAUGCACGCAGCCUGAGGACGUCAAGCUCUGUGCUCUCAUCCUCAGACCCUCCACUGCUGCCCCCCAGCGCAGGAGAGUGACCUUGGUCAAAGAGGCAGUGGUGCACCCUCUAGAGGUGGAGCCAGGUCGCUUCCUGCCGCAGACCGAGCAGAGCUUGGCUCCGCCCCCUGCCCCCCAAACGUCUUCGCACCCGGGCCGGGCCAGGAUCUCCCUGUCCAUCUCGGUGGGUCCCGCCCCGUCCGCUCUCCCUUCCACAGUGACGCGCUCGGCCCUGAUGCCCCGCCCCCCGACCCUGGAGGGCGGCAUGAGGGGCCGCGAGGGUUGGCGGGAGCACAGCGGGGGCCGGGACAGGUGGGCGGGCACCAAGGAGCGAGCGAGGGGGAGGAUGUCGCAGCAGAAGGAGAGGAAGGCCACGAAGAUGCUGGCCAUUGUGCUUGGUGUCUUCAUCAUCUGCUGGCUGCCCUUCUUCCUGACCCACGUGCUGAAAGCCCACUGCACCAGCUGCUGCAUCUCGCCGUCGCUCUACAGUGCCGUCACCUGGCUGGGCUACCUCAACAGCGCCGUCAACCCCGUCAUCUACACCACCUUCAACAUCGAGUUCCGCAAGGCCUUCAUCAAGAUCCUCCUGUGCUGACGACACUCGGUGGACACAGGAAGCACUGCAGACUUUAGUUCCAAACAAGACAAUUCAAGAAGUCCAAAAUGGACACAUGGACGGUGACGGCAUGAAUUUUCUCCUUUCUCUAAGCAGCGACACCAAGCUGCAGCCGGCUCACUGUGUUGGGUUUUAGGUCUGUGAGGUCCAGUUCGGUGGGUGACGGAACAACUGAGCACUUGUUGACGAGGAGGUGGGCGGUCUGUUCCUUGGCACCACAUGGGCAGGCCCCAGCAAUGCAUGGUGGCACUGAAACCUGUAUGAAGAUGUUUCAAUGUUGCCCAAUCCUUGGGAGGGAAGUCGAUGCCUGAAAGUAAACAUGUGUUCCGGUUGAGGGGGAAUUGGGCUGGUUCUCCGGGCUGGGACCAAAUUGAAGUUGGAGCCAAGUGGCGAGAGAAUAGGUAGCGACCAAUGUCUUGGUCUCUUGGAGCCAAUAUCAUUUUGUGUGGGGAGUGGUUCACGUCCCCAGGUGCAUGUCUUCGGAGGUGGGAGGAAGUCGGAGUACCCGGAGAGAACCCACGCAGUCACGAGGAGAACAUGCAAACUCCACACAGAAAGAUCCUGAGCCAAGGCUCGAACCCAGAUCCUUCGAAUUGUGAGGCACAUGUACUAACCCCUGUGACACUAAGUUGGCCCUAGUCUAUCUGUGUUGGCCCUGUGAUAAGGUGGCGACUUGUCCAAGAUGCACCCCGCCUUCCGCCCGUGUGCAGCUGGGAUAGGCUACAGCACCCCCCGCGACGGAUGGAUGGAGUGGUUCACGUCUUGCAAGACCUUUGCUACGAGUCUGUGAAGUGACCUGUGG